AUGGGGUGGCUUACAGGAAGCAACAAUCCGCUGCUGUGCGACUCUGAAGGCGACGACUUUCAGCAGCAGCUCCAGGAUAAUGAUAACGAGUCUCUCAAGAAGCGCCGCGUAGAGACCUCUGGACGCUUGAAGCCUUCGGAGGUUCAGCUGGGCCCUUGCAGCCAGGCUAGCGGCGGCUGCUCAGCGGCAGCCUCCAAGGAGAGCGCCUCAGCAGCCGCCGCAGCGACAAAUGGCGAGUUCACGGGCAAGGCCGUUCCUGAUGGGACCCUUGUCAUUCUGAGAGACUUUGCAGGGAGUUCAGCCGCGGAAGUAAUUCGUGAGGUGGCGGCGAACAGUACAACUUUCGAGCAACGCACGAAGAUGUCUAAGGAAAAGUAUAUCAUGAAGAAGGCCAAGAGCGGGCUGCGGCACGACUACUUGAGCCGCAUUCUUCACUGUCUUUCCUUGGAACCAGGGCAGCGCCUAAUGGUCCUUGACCACGCACUUGGCCUCCCCACAGCGGGGGCCCUUAUGAGGCUAGGAGACGCUGGCCGUGUUUUUCGUCUACUUGAGGGCGGCACAGUGGGCGACAAGGCCCUUAGAGACGCCGAACUCCCUGCAUCUCUCCUUGCGAGCCUCGUAGACGUCAAUAUUGACCACGUGAGGGUUUGAGGUUCGCAUUUGCUGGAGAUUUUGCAGGAUCGCCAUGAUGGCGUCCUUCAUGAGGAAUUGGUUAGGCAGCAUGCGCAGUCCCCCACAAACACGGAGAGGAUUUCAAAUGGCGGAAACCAAACUCCCGAGGAACGGGCAGCGCAGAUGCGGCAGGAGCAUCAGCAGCACCUGCGGCGAUGCGCGCUAACGGCGGUAGCGGAAAUCGAGAGAGACGGAGGCAUAGACGGGUUCAUUGCUGCUGUGUCUCCAUACAAAGUCAAGAAGCAGCAAGGAGACAGUACCAUGACGCAAUAUGAGCUUUUCGCUCGGCUGGUCCAUAGGGCGCUUCUUGUGGCAUUCCGAUAUCUCAAACCAGGGGGCCGGUUGGUACUCUUCACGCAGGCGUUCGAGUUUGCGGGAUGCGUGCACUCCGCGCUAUGUGCCUCUCGGGACUUUGUGCAUAUAUCUCUAGAGGAGCUGCUUUUGCGGGAAUUUCAGGUUGUUCCAGGCCGCACGCACCCCAUCAUGCAGAGCACCAUAGCUAUUCCCAGUGGAUUUAUUGUGUCUGCCACUAAAAUAAGCACAGCCGGUUCCUGA